AUUAAGCGGAGCAGACCAAAAUCCCAAACAAGGAAAUGGUGGGGGAAUAAAACGACCAGAUUAUUUAAUUAAUGCAUGUUAUAAUUAAUAUUUUAUUUUAUUGUAAAUUAAGGCGUAUUUAUGGGUUAAAAUGGAUUACGACUUCAAAACAAAGCUGGCGGCGGAGAGAGAGAGAGUAGAAGAUCUGUUCGAAUAUGAAGGUUGCAAAGUGGGUCGAGGCACCUACGGGCACGUUUAUAAAGCUAAGCGCAAAGACGGGAAAGAUGAGAAGGAGUAUGCACUGAAACAAAUAGAAGGCACUGGAAUAUCAAUGUCUGCCUGCAGGGAAAUUGCUCUGUUACGAGAACUGAAACACCCAAAUGUGAUCGCCCUCCAGAAAGUGUUCCUGUCCCACAGCGACAGAAAGGUCUGGCUCCUCUUUGACUACGCCGAACACGACUUGUGGCACAUCAUCAAGUUCCACCGCGCCUCCAAGGCCAAUAAGAAGCCUAUGCAGCUGCCCCGAGGGAUGGUGAAGUCUCUCUUGUAUCAGAUCCUGGAUGGGAUCCAUUACCUCCAUGCCAACUGGGUGCUCCACAGGGAUCUGAAACCAGCUAACAUCCUGGUGAUGGGGGAAGGCCCCGAACGAGGAAGAGUUAAAAUUGCUGACAUGGGUUUCGCCAGACUCUUCAACUCUCCGCUGAAGCCGCUGGCGGACCUUGACCCCGUGGUAGUGACGUUCUGGUACAGGGCCCCGGAGCUGCUGCUGGGGGCCCGGCACUACACCAAAGCUAUUGACAUCUGGGCGAUUGGCUGCAUCUUUGCGGAGCUGCUAACAUCGGAGCCCAUCUUUCACUGUCGCCAGGAAGACAUCAAGACCAGUAACCCAUUCCAUCACGACCAGCUGGACAGGAUAUUUAGUGUCAUGGGUUUCCCUGCAGAUAAAGACUGGGAAGACAUCAGGAAGAUGCCAGAGUACCCCACACUGCAAAAAGACUUCAGGAGGACGACGUAUGCAAACAGCAGCUUAAUCAAAUACAUGGAGAAGCAUAAAGUGAAACCAGACAGCAAGGUGUUCUUGUUGCUCCAAAAGCUCCUCACAAUGGACCCGACUAAAAGAAUCACAUCAGAGCAGGCGCUGCAGGACCCGUACUUCCUAGAGGACCCAUUACCAACCACUGAUGUGUUUGCUGGCUGUCAGAUCCCCUACCCCAAACGAGAAUUUCUUAAUGAAGACGAGCCAGAGGAGAAAACAGAAAAGAACCAGACCCAGCAGCACCAGCAGACAACUGGCCAGGCUCAGGCCCAGAACCAGCAGCAGACAGCAGCCCAGCAGGCCCCCUCCCAGCAGAGCUCUGCUCAAACCAACGGCACCGCCGGAGCAACGGGGGCCACCACUGCAGCGCUACAGCACGGUCAGGACCAGGGGCCACCCAACAAGAAACCUCGGAUUGGACCCUCUGGAGCCUCCUCAGGCACUGGGGUGCUACAGUCAGAUUACCAGCACUCUGGCUCCCGCCUUGGUUACCAAAGCAAUGUCCAAGGUUCCACUCAACCCCAGAGCACCAUGGGAUACUCAUCAUCAACCCAGCAGAGCUCCCAGUACUCCCACCAGACCCACCGUUACUGAGGAUCCUUGUCACUCCCUUACCAGCAGAGGAGUCAAGCUCCUCCUUGUCUUCAGCCAACCCUCAACAACCUCAGCUCCAUGGCUCCCGUGUCCCGGUUGGACCCUUGUCCCUGCAUUACAUCAUUCCAACUCCAGCCAUCCUUCUUUUCAAACUGCCCUCACCUUUGACCUUUCGCCCGACAGCCUUCAGCGGCACUGUAACAUGAAGGCUGAUGAACAUAGGAACCAAACGAAAUCCAAUGAGAAAACAAAUUCUGCCUCAUCGGCGCGUUCAAACACUUUUAAAUCAACUGGGAAAAAAAAGGUGUAAGAUAGAUGUCAAGGCGUCUCACACACAGACUCAGAACCGUGGCACUUACAAACACAACGUUCCUCACCAGGAAGAAUUGCAGCUGUGUUCAAGUAUAUUAUAUAGCACCUUUUUCUAUUUGAGUUUUUUUCUCCUGCUCGUUUGCUAGACUUUUCAAGUUUAACUUGAUAGUUGAUGUCAUUAUAAAUAUUGUUACAUCCAGAAGCGAUCAGAUGUGAGGCAACUUAAAAGGAAAAGCCCUUUACUGUCAUCUCUAGUGUAUUAUUAUUACGGAUAAUCAAAUGACAAUAAGCUAAAGUUUGAGCUAAACCCAACCUUUUAAGAAAAAAGUUUCUACAAAGAAAAAAAACUCUGCUUUUAAGCUGAUGUCAUUGCAGGGAAAUAUAAAAAAAAUUAACUUAAAUCUUGAUAUUAUAGGGUUUCUAUAUUUAGAAGUGUUUAUCUAGAUUUGGAUUUGGAAUGUAAGAAAAGCAGUUGUCUUUUUACAGCUUCUGUAUAAUGUGAUCACGCCAUCACUUUUAGAAGUAAGAACCAUUUAACAGCUGAGCUUUGUUUCCUGUGAUGGCAGCGUCUUCGGGAGGUUUUGACACCUCUUGUUGGUGGCCGGCAGCUCCGGAGUGUGUUCUUGUUCGCUGGUUUUCACUUUGCUGUGACACCUGUGUUAUUUUGGACCCUUGAAACAUUUAAGGUUUCUGAAGAUGCGCAUAAUCGUACAGGGCAGCUAAACAGUACGCUCCCCCCCUCCGACAUAUGCUUCUUGAGACUGUUACUGCCUGAUGUCAGAUUGUUUUUUUUAAGGUUUUAUUGUUAUCUCUGUUGUCCCGUGGGCGUGUAUGAGCGUGUGCACGUGUGUGUGUGUGUACAGUAUGUUUUUUAUGCAUGUUGUUUAUCCUUUUACUUACUAGAACUGCACUGACCACUGAACCGAUCUGCAAAGAGCUGGAACAAAUGUGAGGCUCGCCCUCUUCCACUUCACCCUUGCGGUGCGACACUGAGUAGGCAGGUAGAGACUGGGGUACAUUCAAAGACAAUGGGUGCUUUCUUUAGUACAUGCAUGGAGGUAUGAGCAACUUAUUUACAUUUUUAUAUCCAGUGUAUACAACCCGUUGUAUGUCUGAGUUCAUUUUGAAUUAAUGAAUUAACUUGAAAUGAAUCAAGUGAAAUGAAGGACAUUUAAUAAGUGCUACAAUUGAAGAAGCUGUGAGGGAAACACUCUGGUUUCUCGCUGAGACUUAAAUGACCAGGUUGAUAUGCCCACUCCCACCCUCUGUGUUCUGACUAGUAGUUCUCUAGUCAGAACACAGUGUUGAAUAUAGUAUAUAUGUCAAUUAAAUAAGUUAUGUAGAGUAUAACACUCCCAGGGUUGCCGUACUCCUGUUCCCUGUGCAGGAAUUGCCUUUUUUAAAUAUCGUUAUGAAUAAGGGACAGCAAAACUGUUGGGUCAAAUAUGAAUGUCAAUCUCAAUGGAGCCUGUGUCUGUACUGAGACACCCUCCAGUCAUUUGGCACCCCUUCACCCAAGUUCUGACUGGUGUUUUUGACAACGCUUUUCAUCCUAGUCAAAUCAAUGUAUGUUGCUCUGUGCAACCUGAGUCUAUCAUGUGGGUGGUACCAAGCCAAGUUGUGAGACAGGAAUGCCUUUCAGUGCUAGAAAUUCAGCAAAAUUGUUCUUCCGAAAUGUAGAAAGUGAAAAAGUCACAAUAAAUGUCACAAUAAAUGUAUUACAUUGUUAGUAGCACAACCUGCCAACUACUAUUAUUAUCACUAUAUUACUAUUAUAAUCAAUGUAAUUCCCAACAUUGCCUGUAUCUUUAGUGUAGAGCCAUUCCUGGUAGCUAAUUAGCUUAGUCUAGCAUAAAUCCUGGAAACACUAAAGGAGCUAGCAUGGGGCUAUUAGAGGAUAACAGCUUUUCUUAAGCUCAUGGGUUUUGUUUUUUAAAGCUAAUGAUGUUAUAUGUGGACAUUUUAAUACGUUUACUAUUUAUUUUUUUAAACGACUUCUCAGAACAACUUAUCUGUAUGACACUUUAAACUUCAGUGUUUUGUGUAGGUCAAACUAGUGAUGUAUAACAUGCUAACUUAUGAGCUAAAAUGUGCUUGUAGCCUGUAAUAAAUAAAUAAAUAAAUAAAUACAAUAAUACUAAUAAUAAAAAUAAAAUAAAAAAAAGAUCCAGGCUAGUUGUUUUCCCCUAUUUCCAGUCUUUAUGCUAAGCUAAACUGAUGGGCUGCUAGUAACAUUUUUAAAUUUUGCUGCAGACAUGAGUGUGAUAUCAGUAUUUUUAUCUAACUCUUGGUAAUGAGCAAAACAUAAUGGCUGCAUUACCACAAAAAUGUUUUUCUUCCUUAAGCACAAAGUCUUCUUUUUCAAGUAAUUUUUCAUUACAUUUCAGAAGAUCAUAUUGAUCAUAUCUUAUUUUUUUUAAACACAAACCAAUUUGUCUUCAGUAUUUUUGAAAAUCUGAUUUUUUAUAUGGGGAUUUUCCUGUUCAGAAUUUCUUUCAGGUGUUUACAGAAAAGUUAUUAGGGAUCUGUUCACAUACAAAAUUGUCUUUGAGGCUGUUUUUCACUGUUAGAAGUGGCAAUGCGCAGCAUGGACUAGUUAAAAUUAUUAUGCAGAUUAUUAUCUGCACCACAAUAUAUUGUUAAAAAAUAAAUAAAUAAAAUAAAAAAAUGCUACCUACACAGUAUGUAACACUAUGAACUAGUUCAUAUAGUAUGUUUACCUUUGAUACUUACAGUAAACUUUGCUAAAAGCAUUUCUAGUAUUAAUUUUACGGGUUAUAAUACUAACAAUACAACAGUAAGAGCAAGUCUUCUCUUUUCAUAUCCUCUAUCCUCUACCCUAUUCACAACUUGCUCCAUCAUGAAUGACCACCCUGCAUGCUGUGUUAAAGAAUGCACCCAGUUAUUUGACUAACUGCAUUUGCCCCCAUACAGAGGAAAAGGGACAUUGUGUUUAUUGCGUGUGUGACCUGCAGUUUGAUUAGGAAACACUGACACCUUGUGGCUGGAAAGAGAACUGGACCUCUGUCUUUAUCAAAGCUGUAAUAAUGCAAAUAGAUAAUGGUGUUGGGGAUUUUUUUAUUAAUCAGAACAUGUAAGAUAUGUGUGUAUAAUGAAAAUAAUUGUAUUUCUGUGUCCAGUUAUGGUUCACUGAUGCUUAAAAGUACCCACCCGCGUUACAUUAGUAACAUCAUUAGAAUUUUACCACUGAAUAGAACUUUUUUAAGGCUUUAUGUUUCAUGCAUUGAUACUAACCGCAUAUAGGUGGGUUGAUGUUAUGGAUUUGGAGUCACUUCCAUUGAAAUAGUCUUAGUUUUGCUUAUUUUGUUCUGCUAAAUUAUGCUUAUUUAAAGCUGGAUGGAUCUUGUAACAGGAUUCAUGUCAAAUUUUGACCUAAAAUAUGUUUGAAAUCAUGUUUUAAAAAAAUAUUGUUGAUUCUUAAACAAGAGAAAGUCCUUUCUAGUGUUUGGUUAGUGUUAGGUUUGUCACAGUUUUAGUCAGAAUUGUCCACAAUGUGAAAAAAGUUUGAAAAUUUACUGCUGGAUUUUUCAUUUAAGACAGGACAUACAUAAUCUGAGUGUGUGGUCGUUUCUGUAAAUGGUCACCAUCUACAUUUUUAGUGCAUACAUUGUCUGAUGAGAUGAGAUAUGGAUAUGGAUACUAUUUAAAAUCAAACCUUUUUUUUCAAAAUUCAAAAAUAUAAUGUCAGUUAAUGUCCCACAGGUCUUAGAGUUUUAGAGGUUUUAUGGACUGUUGCCCAUUUGGCACAAUAUCUUUAGUUUCUGAAGAAUGUGAGCAUGCUAAAUAGACCAAAAUCCAUAAAACAGCUGUAUUAACCUAACCCUACCCCUAACCAGAAAGACCCAGGUUAAUUUUUUUCAAUUAAAAAAUAUAGUAAUUAGAUUCAGAUAACUUUGUUUAUUAUAGUAUUUAGUUUUAUUUUAUUUAUUUAGUUUAUUCUAAACUGCAUUUAUUAAAAUUAUGUAAAUGUGUGGAAAAACUGCAAAUUUAGUUUGUGGGGUUUUUUCCCACAGCCAUUUUUAAAAACAAGCUGCUCAGAGCAUGUGUGUCCUGUUUCUAAAGCCCAUAGAAAAAUCUCCCAGUUAUGCCUUUUUUUUCUUCAUGUUAAGCGAUUCUGAACUGUUCAGUGUUUGCGUGACACAAAGGCAGGAUCCUUUAUGUUUUAAACUCAUUUAAAGCUGCAGUAAUUGAUUUUUUUGGUCUCUUGGGGCAGGAGGACAUAAAGCAACAUGUAACACCUCCCUAUGAAUCUUUCAAGAAAUUUGCAAGGUGAUUAGAUGAGCAAAAUGUCUUUCACCUUCCAAACCAUGUCUGUGGAGAGUGUAGUAGCUGAAAAACCAUAACAAGCAGCAGUCUGAGGAGCUUGGAAAGCUAGCAGUCAGUCAGCAUGUCAAUGGUUACACCUUCCUGUUGCCAGGCUAGUAAGAAAAAUGUGCACAUAAAAGGCACACUGGCAUUAGUGUUGCUGAGUUGCUUUUGCUGCAUGUUAAAAAAAUGGACAUGUUGCCAUUCCUUGGUAACUAACAUGGAGAAAAAUAUGCAAGCAGCCUUUAAUUUCUUUAUGUACUGGCGCUAGCUGGUACUAAACAGCUUAUGAUGAGGUUUUUUUUUUUAAAUGAAAAUAAAUCAAAACAGUUCAAAGGUCUUUGAGUAUUCCAUAAAACUGUUUAUAAUUCUUUCUGGAUCCAUCACUUUGUGGCCCCUUUAAUGGGACGCAUGGUCAUUGAAGCUUUUGCUUAUCUAAAAAUCUUGAUUAUUGCAGCUUUAAAGAGAAACUUAAAGGAAUGCACCUGUACCUAAAAUGUCCAGAUGAAGUAGCUUUUUGCACUCUGUGUCUUUAGUUCAUCUUUAUUUCUACUGUUUUCUGACAGACUGGCAGACAGAUCCACUGGUUGGGGGUUGGGGGGGGGGCAGUGGCACACAGUAGGGAUCUAAACCAGCAGUUAUUCAAAGGUUUUGGCCUCCCUUUACUGUGCGUAUUUGAAGUUGAAGUGAGUAGCAGUGAGGAUAUGUUGAGACUCUUUGUUGUACAUUUCUCUCUCCACACAAACGAGGUGUCACAAGUAUUACUAAUGAGCACGAGGCUCCAGCAAAAGACAAACUCCUAUGCAAAGAAAUCCCAGACUAAAGCUUUUACCUGUUUCUAGGUUUUGCAGUUGACAGGUUUUAUUAUAUUUUAUUGGGUGAUGUAUAUUCCUUUCUUGUGAAAUACUGAGUACAGUAGACCAAGACAGCUCUCAUUUAUGUCCUUUUUCCCCCCACAGCAUUUUAAAAUGUACUCUAAAAGAAUUAUUGUAAAGAAAUGCAUAUAUAUAUGAAUAGUAUACAAUCAUAUUUAUUUUUUCCAUACAUGUAUUAAUAAUACCCAUGUUUGAACUUUCCUCUGCCUUAACUAUAGUAGCUAUAGAAAGGGACCUCUGUCAGACAGACCCGCCUUCGCAUAGUUCUCCUGCUCCUGGUUGUUUCCUCUUCAUAAAUAAGCUCACGUGGAAUGAACGUCUAGUUACUGAAUGUGUUCACACCACCUCACUGUACAGUAGAAUGAAGGUGACGCCGACGCCUGUGAUCGCUCACUGGCUUCUGUUCCACAGUGUUGCUGUCCUUACUUACAGGAAUGAUAACUAACGGUCCACGUUUUAGUUUGAGUGGAUGGUGCCUUUUUUUUUCUUUUUAAAAUUUCAUCAGCUAAACUUGUCAUGGGGUUUUAAUUUUGUAUUUUCACACUUCCUCUGUCAGUCUUUUAUUUUUCUUGUUACUAUGUAGCAUAUUGUUAGCAGCUAAGUAUCUAUUUGAUUUGACUGCAAAGAAUCCUGAUGCAGGAUUGGCUGUUGUUUUCUCUGCUCAUAGAUAUCGUCCUCACACAUUACUGAAGCGCAGUUAUGUUUUGAAAUGCUGUACAUAAAAAACAUUUUAAGGACUUCUCAUUGAGAUAUAGUAAUUGUCUUCUAAUGCACUGUCGUUGCUAAAAUAUCUAGUGGUAAAUAAAAAAUAUGGUAUUUAAUGUUUUUUAAUGUCUCGCUUUAGACACUAAACUUCUGGCAGUGCUAUGAAAGUUAGAAGGUAGGUGCGUGUGUGUGUGUGUGUGUGUGUGUGUGUGUGUGUGUGGAAGGACACUUACUUGUACAACGCUUUUAUAAAAUCUAGUGCACCUCUAGGCUGCCCGUCCUCUCACAUCGCCUCUUUUUUGAUAGUAUUGCAUGUGCCUGUCUUUUUCCAAUGGAGAACAUAAGCACUUACUGUCGCUCUCGCAACACUUUGUACAGGCGGACAGACGCUCCAUCUGCAGAGUUGAAAGAAGUGAUGCCAUUUGCGUUUAAAAAAAAAAAAAAA